AUGGUUGCUUCAACGCUUGCUCCUCUUCCAGACGGCCUCGUCCCCCAGCGUCAGGCACCUCCUCCACCGAGACCAUCCACUUCCUCCAAUAGAGAGUCCGCCCCUGUGCCUCCCAGGGUCCCUCCUCCAAAGAAAGGGCCUCCUCCACCACCCCUGAAGCCAGGCCGUCAAAGCGAGUCGGCCUACUCCCACAGCAGCAGCACGACCCUCAUCAACAAUAGCAACAACAGUAACAGCAGGAUCAACAGCAACAUCUAUGCGUCGUCGACGUCCUUGGCAGCCCCUCAACACCGUCUGAACUCGCCCCAUGACUCUUUACGAUCCAAUCACUCGGACAACAACCUGACCUUGCUAUCGUCCUCCCCAAAGUCUACCUACAGCCGCGCACAUCAGCAAUAUGACAAUACGGAGUAUCCCUCGAACCGCAAUACGUUCAAAGGUGUCUUCAGCAACAUUGUCAGCUCGAUGUCAGACCUGCUAUCUUCGGACAAAAAAAUUGAGAUCUCAUCACCCUACAACCCUGUCCAUUUGACCCAUGUGGGCUACAACCUCGAUACGGGCGAGUUCACAGGUCUUCCCAAGGAAUGGCAGCAACUCUUGCAGGAAUCUGGAAUUUCAAAGCAGGAUCAGGCAGCACAUCCUCAAGCGGUCAUUGACAUUAUUGGAUUCUACACCGACAGUCAGGAAGGCAAGCAGAACGAUGCCGUUUGGAAAAAGUUUGCCCAUCCUCCCGAGGCACAAAAGCCCGCAAAGCCCAUUGCGCCACCACGACCAACACCGCCCCCACCAGGCCCUGCUCGCGCCGUUGCUGAUCGGCCAGUGCCUCCUAUACCCGCACCUCGCCCUGUGUUUGAACAACCUCGCGCUCCUCCAAACCCUCCCCCACUCAAGAAGCCAUCGACUCCAAGUGUCCGACAGGAGAACCAGGAGACGAUCGACACUGAACCCAGCCCAGUGUCACCCCCGACUCCAACGCCAACAUCAACGCCAAUAUCGUCACCUGGAACAGCAGCGGUGACGAUUCCAUCACCAGCACCAGUACCAGUACUGUCUGUUGCACCUCAGCCAGCGCCCUCGCCCAAGGUUCCGCCACCAAAACCUAAAAAGAUUCCUAAUCACCAGGGCAACACUGUCGGCUCGCCUGCCUCCAAGCCCAAUCAUGCAGCUCCUACAGCCAAGCUGCGUGAGAAGAAGGUCGACAAGGAUGCCGUCAGCUCGCAGGAGGUGAUCCGUCGGUUGAAGGCUAUCUGCACGGACGCCGAUCCUACCAAGCUGUAUCGCAACUUGGUCAAGAUUGGCCAGGGCGCUUCAGGAGGUGUUUACACAGCGUACCAGGUCGGCACCAACCUGUCUGUGGCGAUCAAGCAAAUGAACUUGGAGCAGCAACCCAAGAAGGAUCUGAUCAUCAAUGAGAUCCUGGUCAUGAAGGAGUCGAGCCACAAGAACAUUGUCAACUAUAUCGACUCGUUCCUGCACAUCGGAGACCUAUGGGUUGUCAUGGAGUAUAUGGAGGGAGGCAGUUUGACGGAGGUUGUCACCACAAACGAGAUGGCCGAUCCUCAAAUUGGAGCCGUCUGUCGCGAGACUUUGCUGGGACUUGAGCACCUUCAUUCCAAGGGCGUUAUUCACAGAGAUAUCAAGUCGGACAAUGUCUUGCUUGCUCUCAACGGAGACAUCAAGCUGACCGAUUUUGGAUUCUGUGCUCAGUUGAAGGAGAGUCAAGGCAAGAGGACGACGAUGGUGGGAACCCCAUACUGGAUGGCACCUGAGGUUGUGACCAGGAAGGAGUAUGGUCCCAAGGUCGAUAUCUGGUCCUUGGGUAUUAUGGCCAUCGAGAUGCUUGAAGGCGAGCCCCCAUACCUCAACGAGAACCCUCUCCGCGCGCUGUAUUUGAUUGCGACGAAUGGAACGCCAACAUUGCAGCACCCCGACAAGGUGUCUGCGGAUUUCACGGACUUUUUGCACCAGUGUCUGGAGGUCGACCCAGAGAAGCGUCCCACGGCCACGGAGCUGUUGAGACACCCCUUCAUCACCAAGGCGCACUCUGUCCGCACCCUCGCGCCCCUCAUCAAGGCCGCCAAGGAAAGCCAGCGCAACUAA